CUCGUUUCCCCUUCUAUGAGCUCUCUUCUGCGCCCGACACACAUUUGCGUAUGCUUCCUCUGUGUGACAUCUACCCUUUAUCGGCAGCUGCUCGAAGGCCAGCGCAGCCACUUCGUCCUUUGAUCCCGUGCUCGUGAGACCUGCACCUCGCAACCAGCCUUCCACUGUCGCUUUGUGCUGCACGAUAGAGUCGCAGUCUCAACGAUCAACUAUCAGCUCUGAACUGAUUCGAACAGUCGCGUGCUUCCUCCGCCUCUAUAUACAGAGACGGGAUCGGGGGAAGCUGUCACACCCAGCAGUCCGUUCAAGCAGUGCCAGUGGACGAACUGUCGCGGUUUGCACACUGUCUGCAUCCACCAUGAAGUUAUUCAGCUCGGCGCUGGUGGUUCUGGCGCUUGUCGCAUUCCGAAGCGUCAUGGCCGGCUCGCCGCUCUCGUUCGAAGUCAUCAAUGACAAUUCUAUCGUCUCAGCAAUGAUGCUGGGUCUCAUCAACGAAAACACGGUCAUGAUCCUGGACAAGGUCGAAGAUAAUGCGUAUCAUUUCUCCGACGGCAAGCCGGCGUGGGCUUCAUUAUUGAACCUCGCAAACAACAAGGUCAAGCCAAUAGAAGCAAACUCGAACACCUUCUGCGCUGGCGGUGGUGUCCUUGCCAAUGGGACAUGGGUCGUGUUUGGUGGAAACACCAACAUCAAGUCUGAUGGAUCGCCUCAGACCACAGGCAUCGGCCCGUAUAACGCUCAGGAUGGAGGCAAGGCAGUGCGCUUCGUCGAGCCCACGUCAGACUAUAAUUCAGUAACGUGGCUCGACGACGGCUCACACACGAUGGCUGCAACGCGUUGGUACCCUGGCGUCGAAAUCCUCGCGACCGGUGAAGCUCUCCUCAUUGGCGGCAUGACCGGCGGAGGAUACAUUAAUCGAAAUACCAAUGCCUCGUGGCCAAACAAUGGCGGGACAUUCACGUACGAGUACUUCCCACCGCGGGCCGGCGGCGAACGCUCCACGGUCAACUUCCUUCGAGAAACGGUCGGUCUGAACACGUACGCACACACGUUCCUCAUGCCUUCUGGUAAGGUCUUCAUGCAAGCCAACGUCAGCACCACCCUGUGGGACCACGAAAAGAACACGGAGCAAGCCCUCGACGACAUGCCUGGCAACGUCGUGCGCGUCUAUCCCGCUUCGGCUGCCACGGCGAUGCUUCCAUUGACCCCAGAAAACAGCUACACACCAACUAUUCUCUUCUGCGGCGGCAGCGUCUUGACUGAACAGCAGUGGGGUAAUUACACAGGGCCCGGUAUCAAUGUUCAAACAGUUGAGGCAUCCAGUGAUUGCAGUUCGAUCACCCCGGAGAACUUUGAUGGUUCGCAACGGGAUCAGCACUAUACGCAGGAGGAUUCACUUCCAGAAGGCCGCUCUAUGGGCCAGUUCAUACAUCUCCCAGAUCAGACGAUGCUCAUCAUCAACGGAGCAAAUAAGGGCACAGCGGGCUAUGUCCAAAAGGGCGCCGACUACAUUGUCAACGGCAUCGAUACGGAAGGCCUGGCGCAGGACCCCACGUACACGCCCGUCCUGUACGAUCCAAGCAAGCCGCAAGGCUCUCGUUUCACUCGCAAUGGCUUUGGCAAAUCGCCUAUCGCACGCCUGUACCACUCCACUGCCCUGCUCCUACCCGACGGUUCUGUGCUGGUUGCAGGUUCCAACCCGCACAUGAACGUUGCGACCAAUAUGCCACGAGGCACGACGCCGCAAGGCUACAACACCACAUAUGAGCUCGAGAAGUGGUACCCCAGCUACUACUUCAAGGUCCGGCCUCUGAUCUCCUCUACUCUCCCGAACUCGAUUCCGUUUGGUGGUUCCUCGUUCAAUAUCACGAUCGACAAGUCAAGCAUGGGCAAGAGUGCCAAUGCGCUCGCUGCCAGGACCAAGGUCGUCGUCAUUCGUCCUGGCUUCACGACGCAUGCGAUGAAUAUGGGUCAACGCAGCUUGCAGCUCGACAACUCAUACGUAGUCAACGACGACGGCUCGGUCACGCUCAUCGUCAACCCGUUCCCGACGAACCCAAACAUCUUUGUCGCCGGUCCGGCGCUCCUCUUCGUCGUCGUCAACGGGGUUCCAAGUAUGGGUAAGAUGAUAUCUGUCGGCACGAAUGCCACAGGUACCGGUCUGCUCCCUUGGACGCCCGUCGUGGGUGCACAACUGCGGACUUUACCAAAUCCCGUCACCAACGCGGCAUUCAACGCGGCGAUCAGCACGAACUCGUCCAGUCUUUCUCUCGGUGCCAUUAUUGGAAUCGCCGUCGCUGGCGCAGCAGCGCUCCUCCUCAUCGCACUGAUCUUUAUAUGCGUUCGCCGUCGUCGCGCACGAACCAACAAAGGUCAAUUCGCCCCUGUCGCCAUGAACGACGGCUCUGCUUCAUCCAAGAGCCAUGGUCAGUGGUCUAGCUCUCCCUCCGCGUCCUCCCCGCUGUUCCCGUCGCAGCAACAGUACCGCGACAGCAGCAGCAUUGGCAGCAUGUAUAAAUCGCCGCCAAACUCGUACUACGCCGCUUCACCCAUGUUCAUGGGCAACAGUACAGCCGGCAACGAGAGCAUACGAUCGUAUGGCCAAAGCCCCCUGUAUGACGGUGCAGAAGGUGGUGGUGGCGGCGGCGGCAAUGAGCACUACCGGGAUAGCAGCUUCGGCCACGGGUUCUCAGCGCCACCGCUGAAGGAGAGCUCUUCGCUGCGAGGAUCAUGGAUCCCGGAUGAUCGAUCAGACGGUGGCUGGGCAGCAGCGCGCUACUAUCAGAAUAGCCCAUCGAUGCAGUCGUACGAGCCCCCGUACCAAUCGCCGCGGCGCUCAAACUUCUCUGGCGUUUCAUCGCAGCCGUACGGCGCGGUGCCAGGCUCCCCGGCUCCUCGACACGCCACAUUCCUUUCGCCGGUAUCGCCAACGGCAAUGCGCACCGCAAUUCCUGCCCAGCAGCACGGGCAGCACGAUGCACAUUCGUCUUCUACCGGAUCGCAAACGUUUGAGCAAGCAGCACAGUCCCAAAGCUCCUAUGCCUUGUGAUGGAUCUGAAUUGCGUUUAGUUCAUUGGCAUAUAGCAUGUAGAUUUUAGUAGCAGACGCAUCGCAUGUUGUCUUAUCGGCUCGUAUUCAUACCUGCAUUUAAUAUAUGGACAUUUUCCGC